AUGUCGCUUAUAAUAUUAUGUCUUCAAAUUUUACCUUUAGUUUUCGCUAAUAAAACUAUUACUGAUGCAACUAUUGGCAUAUUUCAUGAUGACACGAGUGACGAAGAGAAUUUAGACGAAAUGAAACAAGAUAUAUCGUACCCAACUUACAUUGGCUGUUUAUUCGUUUUCAUGACUCUUCUAAUCGGCGUCAUAGUACGACUGGGUAUGCUGUGGAUCGGAAUGUCUAUACCCUACAGAGUGAUCAUGUUUUCUUUCGGAGGUAUAGCUGGACUAUGCGCUAACAAAUACCCGACGUUUCGACCGCUAGUAAGCGUCUGUUACAUGGACGUUGACGUGAUUUUAAUUAUAUUUUUACCAAUAUUAAUAUUCAAAACUUCUUAUACCGUCGACGCUCAUUCAUUCUGGCGAAGCAUUUUGCAGAUAUUUCUAGUCGGUGUACCUGGAUCAUUACUAACGGCUCUUAUAGUUGCUUUUAUGGCGUUUUAUUUAAUUGAAACAUCCUGGGAUUUUUCUGUAGCAUUACUAUUUGGCGUUGUUUGUUCACCAAUAGACCCAUUAGAUGUCGUUAAACAAUUAAAUACCAUGACGAAAGGGAAAUACAUCAGCGUACUACUUCUCGGUGAAGGAUUGCUGGGUGAUGUAACAGUGAUGAUAGAGUUUAUGGCAGUGUUCGGUUAUACAGCACAAGCUCUGGCCACAAGUUCGCACAUAGUUAUAUAUUUACUCCGAUACGCCGGUGGGGGGUUCUUACUAGGGAUAUUAAAUGGAACUAUAACAGGCACUAUACUCUCUGGAACUUAUUACGAUAAUGUAUGUGCUGUAACAGUUACUUUAGCUGGGGCGUACUUAACAUUUUACAUCGGUGAAAAGUUUUUGUAUGUAUCUGGUUUCCUGGGCACUGUUAUAACGGGUAUUAUGGUGAGUAAGAAGAAGUCAACCAUAGCUGGCGACGUGGAGAUGGUCGUGUCUCACUUCUGGACGAUUGCUGCGCAUGCCGCGAACACAUUGCUGUUUACAAUCGUUGGAGUCGUGAUAUUUGAUAAAGGGUACGAUGUGAUCAGCGUGAGACAAAUAUCUUUGAUAUUUGUGACUUAUACUACAGUUUAUUGUGCGAGGCUGAUGGUAUACGCGGCAAUGACACCGUUACUGCGUCACGUUGGGUAUGGCAUGACCUGGCAACAAUGCAUGGCGUGUGUCUGGGGUGGUCUCAAAGGACCCCUAUCUCUCUGCUUAGCACUGAUGGUGCUGCAAACUCCGGCUGUAUCCGAAGCGGGAGAGACAGCAGGGUUGGUGAUCCUGUCGGUCUUGGUGAAUGCGUCAACCAUGCGCAAAGUGCUGAAAAUUCUCGGUUUAGCCGAGAUCUCUUUGGCCAAGAAAGCGAACAUGACGAAUUGUGUUAAACGUAUUAUGUUGACUCGCGAUCGUUAUAUCUCUAUGCUUAAGAUGGAUAAGUUUCUUGCUGAUGCGAACUGGGACUUAGUGCAAGAUGGCACCACAAUCAAGCACCCGUAUCAGAUACAAAUGUCGGGUCGCGACGAGGACAGCGAUGAAGACGCUUACAUGGGUUACCACUAUACAACGUGCCCUGAUUGCGAGAGAGAAAUUCCCAAUGAACCUACAAAGAAGGAGUUCGCUGAGAUGGUCAGAGAGGCAAACCAACGUGUGCUGAAAGCCCUGAAAAUAUCCUAUUGGCGUCAAUAUGAACACGGAAAGAUCAGUAAAGAUGCAGUCAGGGUCCUAGUUCAGGCUGUGGAGGUCGCCGCUGAUGCUGAUGAUGGCAAAAUCAACUUGGAGCAGCUAGGCACUUUAUGGAAGCCAAAAAGACAUGCGCAUUGGUUACGGCGCAAGUUGGUGAACAUGAUCACACCUGAAGCAGCAAAUGCCCAAGUGCCUCGUCGGAAAUGGCGCCAGCACUGCUAUAGGAUAGUCACAAAUGUAUGGUUUGACGGAUUCAUCUAUAUAAUGAUACUCUGCAAUACGCCCGUCAUACUCUGUGAAGUAGUUAUGAGGUGGCCUUCCAAAACGGCCAUGUACGUGAUUAAAGCGCUAAAUCUGUUUUUCUUUAUAGUAUAUAUCUUAGAGAUGGUUAUAAAGAUGUGUGCGUACGGUUUCUUUGGCUACUUCAAAUCCCAUUGGAAUAAAUUGGACUUUUUUAUCAUCGUGAUGGCUACUGGCGGAAAUAAUGAGCAGAACUUUAGGCAUCUGCACCCGUUCGACGUGGCUUCCUGGUUAGGGUAUCCCGUGUCCCCUGCGACAGACUCACUUGUGACGGAACACCGCGUGGUUAUAGUCAAUUAG